AUGACCUGUUCAAUAUACCACCUUAAUACUGGGGUAAUAUCGUUUUUGGACUAUUAUAAUGAAACAUGGGUGAAUCGACUGACAACCAUCCUACCGGCGUAUUACAUUACUAAUUGCACAGUCUCGGAUAUGUUACUGUACAACAACAUCACUACUGACCCCAAGUAUUUGGCCUUUGAUUAUUCCCCAUAUAACAAACGUGACAAUGGUGAUACAUAUGUAGCUUUGCUAUUUGUGCUAUCUGGGUCGUGCGUUUCCAUGUGGAUGCUAUCAUUAUUGUUAUAUCUAUCACCAAAAUACAAACGAAAGCCGUUUUUAACUCAACUAGCAACAGUGUUUUACGCUAUAAUUACCACAUUCUUCUUAAACAAGCUUACACGAGCAUCUGAAAAACAAUAUUACAAUGAUAUAUUAGAUAUUGUGAAACUACAUACUAUUCUAUAUAAUAAUGUGGAGUAUCGUGUGUUGAUAAUCGUUUUCCAAGUUUUCCUAUUGCUGUCAUGGUUCCAAAUAAUACAGAAACUUGCAAAGCAAAAAUAUAAGCGCAUUGUUGCAAUUGUCACCAGCAUAUUAAUGGCGGCAUUUAUUGCUUGUUUCAUCUACUAUCAAGUGGAAUACAAUACAGAGGGCAGAAUACACACGGAAACAAUUUCAGGCUUGUACCUCCGAUGGAAGGUUGUUCGAAGUGUUCUGAAGUUGGUUUUGGUACUUUGGUUGGCAGGUAACUUGUUGUAUUAUACAACAGUUCUAAAAAAUCCUCGCAAGAUAUGUUACUGCAAAAAAUUAUUACCAUUGGCGAUUUUCAAUUGGUUUCUUAUCAUCUUGCACAUUAUCUUAAGCAUUUUACACAUCAGCUUGUUUGAAGAUAAUUGGCUAAUACGAACAUGGAUGGUUUUGAUACCAUAUUUAAUUGAGGCCAUAUUGAUAACAACGGUUUGGGAAUGGAUUUUCAAUAUCUGGGUGAUCGAGAAAAGAAUUGAGUUAAUGGGUGUUCUCGGUAGAAGAAUCAGCAUUGAUGAUGUUUUGAGCAUACAACUGCAUCGAGGCAGUAAUAACACUAAUAACAGGAAACUCGAGAAAACUUUUACUAAACACGGAACAUCAACUAAAUCAGAUAGCUUUCCUGGUUGGUCUGGAACUCGAGAGUCUUUGGCUAAGUUCCAGAAUUGGAUAAUGAAUAGACCUAAAAAAGUGGCUGCAGAGUCCGAAGUAUUAUCUAAUAAUGAUAUGAAUGAACUUAAAGAAUUCUCAACGUUUAGUAAUAGCUCAUCAAAUAAUGAUACCAGUCAAAGAAAUACAAGCAUACUGCCACAGAACCAAGUACACCAAGUCAACAACAUGCAACGGAACAGUGACGAGCCACUACAGCAGCAUAUUAAUUCACACCUACAAAAUCAUGACGUCGGAUCAACUGCAUCUUCCCUUCAACUGCAACCUUUAGUCUCACACACAGAAUAUGAUGAUGUCGAAUACGACGAUGAGUAUGUAGAUGAUUAUGAAAUUUGGGACGAUGAAGAGGAGCAGGAAAGUUUACACGAUCAAAGAGUAUUAUCCACCCAUUUGGAAGCCUCUAAUCUGGAUGAAAAUGAAGUGCACUUGGGGUCAAGCAAUAAUAGACACGAAUCAGAUUGCAACAAUGAACCACCACCUUCUUUUCAACCACAUCCCGGAUUCGAAAUCGGGGAUUAUUGGAACGAUCGAAAAGAGGGUUAA